UUUAAAACAGUGUCGUAGUUGAGAUAUUGUUAUGUAAGAAAAAUGCAUCUUCAAAUUAUUUUUAACAUUGUGCUUUGUGUUUCUCUCGGCGUUUCCGAGUUCCCCAUAACAAUUAUGACAAAUGCAGGGGAUUUAAUAACGGGAGAGUUGGAAUAUGUAAUGAUUGAUGGCAAAAAUAAAUUGAUGUCUAGAUACUUAGGAAUCCCGUAUGCAGAGCCUAUUGUCGGGACUAACAGAUUCAUGAAACCUAAACCGAAGCAGCCGCUUAGAAGGUUUGAUGCAAGACGUACUCCGAUGGCAUGUUUUCAACAAACCGGUCAGGAGAUGGAAAUAUUAAAAAACAGGUACGGGAUGCCAAGAUUUACAGAAGAUUGCCUUACAUUAAAUAUAUAUUCACCGUACCAACUAAGUACAAGUUAUCUGCUUCCGGUAAUGGUUUGGAUCCAUGGUGGGGGAUUCAGACAGGGUGCAGCCUCCAUGUAUAGUCCCGAGGGUAUAACACUAUAUGGAAACGUUGUUGUGGUAACUAUAAAUUACAGAGUCGGUAUGUUUGGAUUUUUGCGCGACAGUAACGGGACUGUUCCAGGAAAUCAAGGACUUUGGGACCAACAUCUCGCUUUGAAAUGGAUACAGGAUAAUAUCGAUAGAUUCCAUGGUGAUAAGAAUGACGUUACCUUAUUCGGCCAAUCAGCAGGUGCUUCUUCGGCUCUUUUACAAGCCUUGUAUCCAGGAAACAAAGGAUAUUUUAGGCGAGUUAUUGCGGAAAGUGGGACUCCAUUGGCCCCAUGGGCUAUAAAAGACAUAUCCUCCGCCGAGAAAUAUCUAAAUGACAUAGGUUGUCCACCUAAUACAAACGAAACUUUACCAUGUUUGCAAAGCAAAAGUCCAAUGAAGCUUCUGUACAACAAAGCGAACCUAGGUCCUGUCAUAGACGGCGACUUUCUAAUUGCCUCUCCUGAAGAAAUCCUGUUAGAACACACCCCACGGACCGCGCCUGCGCGAGAUAUGUUCGCAUCGGUCGAUAUUCUUCUUGGUUUCAACGAUAUGGACGGAGUCCUGUACUACAACACAUGGGCUGCGUUGCUGGGACAUACUUCCCUUGAUUUCGACGUAACAAGAAAAGAAUUUGAUGAGAAAAUAGUCCCUGAAUUUGUGAGGACUAAAUUGAGCUCGGCGUAUUCGAACGCUACACGAUAUGCUCUAACAGAAUUACUGACUUUCUUCUACACUUCAUGGACGGAUCCUACAAAUUUACUUAUAAUACGUAACACUCUUAUAGCAAUGUCUAAUGAUCCAAUGUUUCAUUUUCCGGCCUUUCAAGUUGCACAAGCUCACGCUAGUCUUCAACGAGGAAGUACGUACUUAUACGAGUUUUCCGUGCAUUCCAACAAACAUGCGCUCGCGGUACCCCCUUGGCUUAAAGGUUCUUAUCAUGCCGAUGAAAUACCUUAUGUGUUUGGAUUUCCAAUUCGGUCAAACGCAUCAAUAUUUGGCCACACGCUUUCAAAUUAUACCAAAGAAGAAAAGCAAAUUUCGAGGACAACGAUGACGUUUUGGUCAAAUUUUGCAAAAACUGGAAAUCCCAACGUACCAGAAAAAAACUCGCUAUUCUGGCCAGUAUUCAAUAUGACGUCACAGUAUUACUUUCAAAUAUCCAAUCAAAUGACAGAUGCGUCAGUAAAGGACAUGGCGCAGUUUCACCCCAGACGAAUGGCGUUUUGGUCACAUCUGAUCCCACAUAUGAUAAAUUUACUGCAAAGUACCAUUCAAGAAACAGAGGAGAUAUCGCACACUCGGAAUGAAACAGUUCAUUUUGAUUUAAUGCUAAUUCCGUCAAAUGGGACUUUUCACAUCUAUAAUUAGAUUUUCUUCCGGUUAUGUAUGAACACUUCUUCUUAUUUUUGACAACGGCAUUACGAGCUGUUCAUCUUCUUCCAGAUUUUUACAAAAAUUACUAGUUCUUUCUGAUCCAACACUAAAGAGUCUUUUACCCGUCUAAAAUAUUUUUCCAUUACAGCUUCUUUUUGUUGUGGGCCUACUAUGUAAAUGCGUGGCUCUGGGGCUGUGCUUUUGGUGCUCUGUGCUUCCGGGAAAUCUACCCUUUCCUAUUAUCUUUUGAUAUAACUUGUGAGAUAAUUAAAUUAAAACAUUUAGAAAAUGUCUGUGUUAAAAAACAUGUCUCUUUUAGAUUUGUUUGUGACUUUCAUCUGAUUUUGCAUUUCUGUAAAAUGUUUACAGUCGAAGGAUAAUAUCUUUAUCAAUAUUUCAUUUCUAAUUUAUCACUGUAUAUUUUACUUUACGGAAAAAAUGAAACGGUAAGUGUACAGUAAAGAAAAGCACUUGGCCCUGCAAAAUUAGUUAGAGUCGCCUGCCUUAAAGUAGGUCAUCCACUGAUAAAAAUUAAGGCGGAAAGAUAAGCAUGUAGUAUACUGAUGGAUUAAAAUAUCCAUCAGCUGUAUGAAAUAUGAUUAUAUUCAUGUUUUUGCUUUGGAUUGAACUCCGUUUGUCAUCAUUAUUUUAGUUAUGUAACGCCGAGCAGUUAUCCUAAACAUUGUUCCUGGACUCUGUAGAAAUACAAAUCAUGGAGGACAAAUGAUUUCAGACACAAUGUUGUUUAUCAAAUAUAGCUUGCACAUUACAAUAUUUUCUGUUAUUUCAAUGUCCUAAGGCGUUGACAUCGGUUAGAUAAAUUAAAGAGUAAAAAUCA